GGAAUUUAAACCCACCCACACAAGCGCUGUUGCUGGGAAUAUAUAUAAAUAAGCACAGUGGUCUUGCGGUCAGUGUGUUCUCCACGCACCUCUCGGCCAGGACCUUUUUCAUCUAGGGGAAUCCUUACACAAUAACCAUGUGCGACGACGAGGAACUGGCUGCCCUAGUGGUCGACAAUGGCUCCGGCAUGGUCAAGGCCGGCUUUGCCGGUGACGACGCUCCCCGCUCCGUCUUCCCCUCCAUCGUCGGCCGAGCUCGUCACCAGGGUGUGAUGGUCGGCAUGGGUCAGAAGGACGCCUACGUCGGUGAUGAGGCCCAAAGUAAACGUGGUAUUCUCACACUCAAAUACCCUGUAGAGCACGGCAUCAUCACCAACUGGGACGACAUGGAGAAGAUCUGGUAUCACACCUUCUACAAUGAGCUCCGUAUCGCCCCUGAGGAGUCCCCAACAAUGCUGACUGAAGCUCCUCUCAACCCCAAGGCCAACCGUGAGAAGAUGACACAGAUCAUGUUUGAAAACUUUAAUACUCCUGCAGCUUAUGUUGCUAUCCAGGCUGUGCUGUCCCUGUACGCCUCUGGUCGUACCACAGGUCUGGUGUGCGACUCUGGUGAUGGUGUCUCUCACACUGUGCCUGUAUAUGAAGGUUUCGCCCUUCCUCAUGCCAUCCUUCGUCUUGACCUUGCUGGUCGUGACCUGACCAACUAUCUCAUGAAGAUCAUGACUGAGCGUGGCUACUCCUUCACCACCACCGCUGAGCGUGAGAUUGUCCGUGACAUCAAGGAGAAGCUUGGCUAUGUUGCUCUUGAUUAUGACAGUGAAAUGAAUGUUGCUGCCGCUUCCUCCUCCCUGGACAAGUCCUACGAGCUCCCCGACGGUCAAGUCAUCACCAUCGGCAACGAGCGUUUCCGUGCUCCUGAAGCUCUCUUCCAGCCUUCCUUCCUGGGUAUGGAAUCUGCUGGUGUUCACGAGACCGUCCACAGCUCCAUCAUGAGGUGCGACAUUGACAUCAGGAAGGAUCUCUUCGCUAACAUUGUCAUGUCUGGUGGUACCACCAUGUACCCUGGUAUUGCUGACCGCAUGCAGAAGGAAAUCACCAACUUGGCUCCAGCUACCAUCAAGAUCAAGAUCAUUGCUCCUCCCGAGCGUAAGUACUCCGUCUGGAUCGGUGGCUCCAUCCUAGGAUCUCUCUCCACCUUCCAGACCAUGUGGAUCACCAAGGAGGAGUACGACGAGUCCGGCCCCAGCAUUGUUCAUCGCAAAUGCUUCUAAACAGCAUGAUUUUAAACUUUCAAUCGUAUUAACCUACAUAAUUUAAAGAUUUCAGAUAUAUUAUGAGUUAAAUAAAGAUAUAUUUUAUAUUAUUACAAAUUUACAUUUCCUAAUUUAAUUGUAUGCUGUAUACAAAUGAAAUAUUCUAUCUGAACGAAAUAUACUUAUGAAUAAUUAGUUACGCUAGUACACAUGUUCCAACGCAAGGUAAAUUAAUUUGCUAUAUUGGAACAUUACGGCCAACAGUGAAUAAAAAUACAUUUUCUUAUAUAAAAAGAUGUAAAUGUGCUCCUUUUGGUUGACUCGGUGCCCAGAACUGGGGUUACUCUACUACUGCCUUCUUGGGUGGACAAGACCGCAUAAUCUACAGACGAGAGCGACCUAUUUAUUUUUGUUUCCUUUUUUUAAUGAAGUAAUUUGCAUUUGAAUAUACACCGAAUGUAAUUAAACAUGGAAUAAA